AAAAGUUUAAGCGAGAGUUACUUGACAGUAAAAGGAGCAGCAUUAAUACUAUCACAGACAGAAUGUCCUAGAAGCACUACAACAGAGACACAUGCAGGUGACAUACAGUUGCACUUACAGGCAAUGUUGUACUUGCUGAGGGCUCAGGAUAAGUUGAAGCUGGCUGUUAAACUCGAAAGUCGAUCAAACAACAACAACAACAACAACAGCAGCAGCAGUGAAUCAACCAUGAUAUUGGGUAUUGACAUAAAAGACUCAAAGGCCACCAUCGGAUUGGUGCUUCCAAUUUAUGGGGACUGUACCCUGCAGCUCGAUGGAGAUGGAGGGAUCACCAUAUCCACAAACGGCAAACUGCACAACUUCAAGCCUCUCUCUGUCCAAGCUAUGUGGGCAGCCCUGCAGUGUCUGACGAAAGCUCGGGACGCAGCGAGCCACUUCAAGCACUUUGCAUCCACCAACAACAGCAGCAGCAGCAGCAUCAACUUGGGACACAUACACUCGACUUGGAGCAAACAUUACCUGGCACGAAUCACCUCAGAGCCUUCCAGCCUCUCUGAAUGGCACUGCACUGUAGACACAACACCUCAACAUGAUUUCUGCUCGUUGUCCUUUGCAACAACUAGUGCUGGAGUGCUGAUGAAUUCACAGUUGGAGAAUGUGAUCAGGCUGAAGUUGAAGCAGAUCAUGAUGACUGUGGAUCUGGAGGAAGUGACCAGCAAAUAUCUGCGGACUCGCCUGGAAGAGGAGAUGUCGAUGAGUUUGUUGGAGUGGAGGAGGUUCAUAGACGACGAAAUGAUCAUCAUUAUGAGGCAGAUGGAUGCCCCUUCUGAAAUUCUUCCAUUCCUCUUCUUGGGCUCUGAAUGGAAUGCCUCGAACUUGGAUGAACUACACGCUAACAAUGUCAGGUACAUACUGAACGUGACGAGGGAGAUAGCGAACUUCUACCCGGAGACAUUCGAGUACGUGAACGUGAGGGUCUUCGACGACGAUCACGUUGAUCUGCUCAUCCAUUGGGAGAGCACCUACAAGUUUAUAUCCAAGGCUAGAGAUCACAACUGCCGAGUUCUGGUUCAUUGCAAGAUGGGUGUCAGCAGGUCUGCCUCAACUGUGAUAGCCUAUGUGAUGAAAGAACGCAACAUGAGUGCCGCUGAAGCCACUAAGUUCGUGAGAUCCCGAAGAAGUUGCAUCCAACCGAAUCCAGGCUUCAAGAGGCAGCUGGAGACCUAUGAAGGAAUACUGGACGCCAGGUUUGUUGGCCUGGCUGUUCUUUUUUUCUGCUUCUCCAUUUUUCAUUUAUCCAAAUUUGUAAACAAUUUUCACUCCGGUAUUUUUUUACCUCAAUCAAUACAUCAGUCAAUCAUUUCACCAAUCAAUAAAUCAACCAAUCAUUCAAUCAAUCAAGCCAUGCAACCGUAA